GACAGAGGCAUGCGGUCCAAUAGAGAUUUGCGAACGGCGAGCGCGACCCAAGGUCACGUGUCACGGGGCUCGUUGUACCGCCUGAAAGCAAGGUCGCUGCCGGACACCAAAGCGCUAUGAAUAUUGUUUCUUUUUUGGUGUUCCAGAUGCCUUGGGCACUGAAACACUGGCCCUGGCCUUGCCCGGCCCGUCGUCUCUGCUAAGGGAGGCGCCGGCGGGAGACACCCCGGGAGUCACGUGACGCGCACUAUCUGCACUCCCGGGUUCCCCAACAUUGGGUGAAAAAAACGAGCCCAAUCCCCAGAGCACUGUCAAGGACGGAAUAACACCACCAAACCAUCGAAAAAUGUCUGUUGAAGAUCUCAAAUCCACCAUUGGCAAAUUGCAGGACAGAAUCCACGCCUUGGAGAAGAAGGCUGGACUCACGCCGGACGUCCCCGAGUCGAUCAGAAUGGUGUUGAUCGGCCCUCCAGGUGCCGGAAAAGGCACCCAGGCUCCAAACUUGAAGGAGAAAUUCUGCGCCUGCCACUUGGCCACCGGCGACAUGUUGAGAGCCCAGGUUGCAGCCAAAACUGCUUUGGGUGUCGAGGCCAAGAAAAUCAUGGACCAGGGCGGGCUUGUGUCCGACGAAAUCAUGGUGAACAUGAUCAAGUCCGAAUUGGAGGACAACAAGGAGUGCCAGCGCGGUUUCAUCUUGGACGGGUUCCCAAGAACGAUUCCUCAGGCCGAGAAGUUGGACUCGAUGUUGGACGUGAGAAAGACGCCUUUGCAGAGUGCCGUUGAGUUGAAGAUCGACGACGAGUUGUUGGUGGCCAGAAUCACCGGCAGAUUGGUGCACCCCGCCUCUGGCAGAUCGUACCACAAGUUGUUCAACCCUCCCAAGAAGGACAUGAUUGACGAUGUCACUGGUGAGGCGUUGGUGCAGAGAUCCGACGACAACGAGGACGCGUUGAAGAAGAGAUUGGUCACGUACCACAAGCAGACCGAGCCCAUUGUCGAGUACUACAGAAAGACGGGUAUCUGGAGCGGAGUGGAUGCGUCGCAGAAGCCCACCACUGUGUGGAGCGACAUCUUGAAAUGCUUGGGCCAGAAGUAAGCUUUUGGCCAUGCUGGGAGUAUAUUUAUCCUCUGAGCCGGGCACGGAUGCACCAAGGCCGGGACGAGUCCGAUGGCCCUUGUUGAGCAGUGCACGUAUAUACACUAGAAGAAUGCAAGAUAUGCAGUUAGCUUCCGGCGAAGG